CCUAUACUCCAUCCAACGAUGCGUUCCUAGCUUCCUCUUGCUUGCCCCGCCAACAAAAUGCAACCAUCAGCAGUAUCCGGCACAACCGGCACGUCCACGGUUUCUUCGAAUGCCGCCGAUGGAGAAAAUGGCCAAAGCAUCGGCUUGUACCCGGUGGGAAGCGUGGGUCCAACACCAACGAACCCGACCACAGCUACACCUAUCACCACCACGGCAACGAUAUCGCUGCCCAAUCCUGGAACCGUUGCUGGGACAGCAACGGGGCCCAACAUCACCAGGAGCGUGUCAGCGCCCACUGCACCCAGGCCUGUUAUCCAGGUGGCAGGCUCUUCCAGCAACUCCAGCACCCAGAAACCCAGAUUGAGGAGGACCAUAAGUCGCACGGAGGCCAUCAGGAACUACAUCAGACGCGAAACAGCGCAAUUCUUCGGCGUGGACGAGGAGUCCGAGGCUGUGGAGAGACAAAGAUGGCUGGAUCGGAGACGGAGGAUGGCAUCGAGGAAAUACGGUGCCCUUGUUCCGGAACACAGACCACCGGAUCCUGAUAUUACGAGGGACGUGCCGGAUACUACGGAUGUGCCAGAGGGUGUCGUAUUGAGAAGAUGGCAGCAACCGGUCAGACGAAAAGAUUCAGUGGCCAGGAUGACGCUGUCUGGACUCCAUUACGUCGUCGAGUCCCUGACGAGACAACGGCCCCGAGAGGGAUCGCAAACCAGACCCGAGUCACGAAGCUUUCCACCGAGCGUAAUUGCGUAUAUGUCGAGGUCAGAGGUGGCGUCGUCCCCGGAAAACGGCCAGGACGAGGAAGAAUCCUUCUUCGAGAGGCCUCCACCACCCCCGCCGCCGCUCCCGCCACCGCUCCCGCCGCCACCUUCGCAACAGUCGCAGUCUCAAAUCGAUCAGGGCAUCGGUGGCUUGGCGAAAGACGAGGAAGACAGCGCGAAAGUUGCCGACCUGCUCGAUUCCGCGGGCGACAGAGACACGUCCGAGGAAUUGGUCAGGUUUACACCGCAAAAGGACGAAAGAACGACGAUCGAUGGGCAGGUCAGAAGACCUCGUCACAUCUCGAGGGACCAUUACAUUUCAAGAAAAACGAGUUGGAGCAGGUCGAGGUACGAUAGCCCGUUGGCUGAGGGUACGAGGGUGCAGCAGGACGAGGGGGUGACUCUUAGAAGGGAUUUAACCGGUGCCACGAGAAUUUCUCCGAGUACCAUCGACCGAAUAUUCGACAACAGUAACAGGCGGCAGUACGGCAUGGGAAUUGUUGGAAGAUUCUUGGGGAGAUCUUUUCGGAAAAGCGUGUCACAGAAACCAGACGUCAGAAGGCAGCUGGACGACUUCGAAGAUCAUCGUCCAUAUUUCACGUAUUGGAUCACCACCGUGCAAGUUCUUAUACUGAUAAUAUCGUUAGCGUGUUACGGUUUUGGACCUGUGGGCAUGGAUCUUAGUCACAGAUCAGGCUUGGUUCUCGUGACCAGCCUAUCGUUGCAACAAGUGGACUACCAGGAACCAGCGAAUUUCUGGUUUGGUCCCAGGGCCGCGGACUUGAUUCAUCUGGGCGCGAAGUUUGCACCGUGUAUGCGCCGCGAUAUCAAAAUCCUGAAGGAGAUCGACGUCUGGCGGGAAAGGGAGCGGGACACCGCCUGCUGCAUCAGAAACGACGACUCUGGCUGCGUGCAGUCCAGCAAAGCUGAUUGCUCUAAUACGAUAUCUACCUGGAAGAAGUGGGGACCUGGGGACAGUGGACCAGGAGGACGCAUAAGUGGAUCGGUUUGCGGGUUGGACCCGAAGUUUUGCGAUGCUCCUGCUAGCAUAGCUCCGUACGAGUGGCCAGAUGACAUCACCAAGUGGCCCAUCUGUCGGAAAACCAAUCCGUUUAAUCAGCGAUUUAGUAGAAACGGCAGCCAACGGAGCAAUGGAAACUUCCCGGUCGGCCGAUACAAGGAUAAGAUGGCGGAACAUAUGGUGUGCGAGGUGAUCGGGCAUCCCUGUUGCAUCGGUAUCCAUGGGAUGUGUCGUAUUACCACGAAAGAAUACUGUGAUUUCGUACACGGCUACUUCCACGAGGAGGCGUCCCUCUGUUCUCAGGUCGAGUGUUUACACGACGUCUGCGGCAUGAUACCCUUUCUUCAUCCCGAGUGGCCAGAUCAGUUCUAUAGGCUCUUUACUACCAUGUUUCUUCACGCUGGAAUUCUUCAUCUGUUUAUCACGCUACUGAUUCAGUAUUUCUUGAUGCGGGACUUGGAGAAGCUGACAGGCUCGCUGCGUAUCGCUUUGAUUUACUUCAUCGGCGCACUAGCUGGAAACCUGGCCAGUGCGAUAUUCGUUCCUUACAGAGCAGAGGUGGGACCAGCAGGCGCGCACUUCGCCCUUCUCGCAACCCUGAUCGUCGAGGUGCUGCACUGUUGGCCAAUGUUGAAGCACCCACGGCGAACCCAGUCUAAGUUGAUCAUGGUCCUCGUAGGCUUACUAAUCCUCGGUAUCCUUCCAUGGGUCGACAACUACGCCCAUCUGUUCGGUUUCAUCUUCGGAUUCCUCGCUGCGUACGCGCUGAUGCCUUUCAUCUCGUUCGGCCACUACGAUCGUCGUCGCAAGAUCUGGCUGAUCUGGAUCUGCCUGAUCCUCAUCGUGGUUCUGUUUACGCUGCUUCUAGCCCUGUUCUACAACGUACCGAUGUACGAGUGCGAGGUGUGCAAGCUGUUCAACUGUAUCCCAUUUACUCGAGACUUUUGCGCCUCGCAGAACAUCAACUUCAAACGGGAGGAGCCCGUAUGACAC